GUGCUUCUAUGAUUUCUGUGCUGUUGAAUUUAUACGCAAAAUACUUGGCACGUACGAGUGAAAAGCAGUGAAACCCAAGCUUUCUUUCCGAAUCGUAACGAAAAUGUACGCGUUCAGCUGUAGCGUCGCCCCCAAAAGUCCGAAAUCGGAUUCGCCCAUGAACCAGACGCUAAUCGAUUCGAAGCCCGGAUGAAAAUACGCAGUAGGAACCGGAUCGAGUACUGCAACAUUGUUCUGUCAAAGAAUGUCUAUUUUACAUACAUAUUCUUUGGUUCGGUCUAGCUUAAACCAAAUCUUUACACAUUAGCACUUACUUAUAUAUUAUUUUUAUUGUUAACCUGAUAUUAAACAUGAAUAAGAUCACGAUGAUUAUAGAAGAAUGUGUAAUAAGAUAUUAUUCUCCUAACGAAAUACUUGCAUUUACAAAAUCAGUAAUGGUUGUUUAUUUAAAAAAAAAAUAAAUGUGACUGAAAAUGUGCGCGGCAAUCACAGCCGAUCGGGGAUUUACAUGGUCGGAUGAAGAAACGUCGCUCUUACUUCAGCUAUGGGGUGCUAAUGACGCCCAAUCUGAACUGACAGGAAAUAAGCGAAAUUUUGUAGUGUACGAAAAAAUUUCUGAAACUAUGAGCAGUAUGGGAUUUAUUAGGACAGCCUCUCAGUGUAGAGAGAAAAUUAAAAGAAUGAAACGAGAGUAUACUCUAACAAAACAAUAUAAUGAAAAGUCAAACGGACCAAAGAAAAGUAUGAGAUUUUAUGAACAAUUUGAGAAACUUCUCUUAGAAAAGCAAGCAAGAAAUCAAAAAAAUACAGCAUUGAGAUCUUGUCCUAAUAGUAGUGGUUUAGAAUCCGAAGCAGACGAAGCUGAGAGCACCAAAAAAAGGACUUGGGAAAGAAAUCAAAGGAAAAUUAAACCUGCGGUUCCCAAAAGUGAACCACCGAUGACUAGAAAGCGACGUGAAUCUCUCGAUAAAGAUGUAAAAAAUCUUGGGCCCGAUGUACUUUAGUGAAGAA